AUGUGGAAGUGUAUGGGCAAGUUUGACUAUGAGCACGAUCCGGACACAACUUACGAAGUUACAGCGGAUAACGUGAAGAAGAUGCUAGCUAUAUAUAUGAGAUUCAGGGCUGGCAUUCCCGUCGUUAUUAUGGGUGAAACUGGGUGUGGUAAAACAAGGUUGAUCAAAUAUCUUUCUCAGCUACAAUGUCCUGAGAGCCACUUCCAGAGUAUGAUUUUAAUGAAGAUUCAUGGGGGGACGACAGAAGAAGACAUAAAGAAUAAGCUAUUUUUAGCAAAUGAUAUAGCACAGGAAAAUGUUACCAAGUUUGGUGGUGAUAUUUUUACCAUCUUAUUCUUUGAUGAGGCAAACACUACUGAACAUAUUGGACUUAUAAAAGAAGUGAUGUGUGAUGGAUCUUUUCAAGGAGCACCAAUUGAACUUUGCCCUUCACUGAAAAUCAUCGCUGCCUGUAAUCCAUAUCGAAGGCACGGUGAAGAUGUUAUCAAACGUUUGGAGGAAGCAGGUCUUGGAUACCGUGUUGAUGCAACAGACACAGUCGAUAAACUUGGUAAAAUACCAAUGCGACAUCUUGUGUACAGAGUACAACCACUUCCGUCAAGUAUGUUGAGUUUAGUAUGGGACUUCGGACAACUUGAUUCGUCAACUGAAGAACAGUACAUAAUGCAAAUGGCAAAGAAACACACUGAUGAGCAAAUGGAAAUUUCACAACGACCAAUAACAGCUAUUAGAGGAACUUUCAAUCUUCGAAACACAAACAACAUUCAAACUGUUGUGUGCAAAGUUCUUCAAGAAUCACAAGACUACAUGAGAAAUGAGAAGAACGAAUGCAGCUUUGUCAGUUUAAGAGACGUAGAAAGAGCCCUUUCUGUAAUGAUGUGGUUCCGCAGACACAAAAUUAUGGAUGAAUUAGAAAAGCUUUCUGAAGUGGAUGAGAUUAAACUGAGUAGAGACACGAGGGCUCUGGUGUUGUCAUCAGGGAUGUCAAGAUCUCAUCUUGAAAAACGUUCGGCUAAACAGAAAGAUUGCAAAAAAUACAGCUCUGAAGGAAAAUGUAUUCAUGAUGGUGAUAUGUAUCGAACUGAAGAUACCGCUUUUUCUUGUCGGUAA